GCGGAAAAGAAAAUUCUGCGCGCGAAGUUAUCUCGGCGAAACCAGCGGCAUCAUUUUGUUCGCAUCCUGCCUUUGUUGAGGAAGGAACGCUUGUGCAUUUGUUUCAUUUUGUUGGAUUAUAUACAAUAUUUAAGAGAUCUUUCAACAUGCCUGGAACAAAAGACGAAGUUGCUGUUGAGGAGCAGGAGACAACAGAGCCUAUUGUAGCCAAGACAGUUGAUGAUGUGAAAGGCAAAUGUGUUGAGGCAGAGGCAGAUGCUGAAGAACAAAACACAGAAGAUGUACCCAAAGAAGACUCAGAAGAAAACACAAAUGAGAAUGCAUGCUCUGAAGUAGAAGAAUCAAAAACAGAAACAGAAGAGUCAACAGCGGAAAAAAGAUCUGCAGAAGAUAAAGAAUCAGAGGAUGGUGAGGAUGAAAGCCCGAAAAAGAAAGUAAAAAAAGAUAGCACUGAAACAGAAUCAUCGAAUGGAACCACAGAAACAACAGAGUCAGCCUAGUUUUCUCACCAAUCCCUAUUUUAUUUUUUUGACCUUGACCACAAACUUUGUAUAAAAAAAUGUGUUUAUCAUCAUGUUCAGGAGAUAUUUGAAUUUAUAGUCAGGUUGUAUACUUCAUCAUGGUUUUCAUCAUUUGUACUGUUCUUGUAAUAAACAUCUUUAAUGUAA